GAAAGUCACUCAUUUUCAUGUCCAACAGUGUCCUACCACAUUUACCACCACUACAUAUCCUAUUCACGUGAUUCACCGUUCGUUGAGUAGUAUAUAGACACAACUCACAGACCGCUCCUUGUGGCUUCUCCCAUCGAGUGACCGACUUACCUAUAAUCCGAGUCGAAACCAGAGGAGCGAGGAAGAACGGCCAUAAACAAAAUGACUCCUCCACAACCCCAAUCAUCAUCUCCCUCCUCCUCCUCCUCCUCCUCCGCCGGGAAAAACAACAACGGAAUAUCCUUCACCAUCACGCACAUGAACGCCAACCACCAAGACUCCCUCGCCUACUACCUCCGCGCGUACAACGGCGUCUCCGCCGCGGAGGCCUCGACCGCGACCCUCGAAACCAUCACGCUCUCCGACCUCGUCAUCCGCACCAAGAACAACGGCAACCGCUACACCGUGGCGCUGGACCCGCCGCUGCAAUCCUUCAGCGAGACCCGCGCCCGCCUCGUCGCCAUGCACAAGGAAUGUCUGGAGCGGCUCCGCCUCUCCGACAUCCAGAUCACCACCUACCGUGUGCCGUCCCGGCCCGGCGACGUCCUCGCCUUCCUGAUCUGUCUCUCGGGGAUCCUGGCGUUCAGCCGCCAACAGAACCUGCUGCCGGGCGGGUGGGUGUACGAGGGCUUGCGGCUGGAGACCGGGUGGUGGUGGCCCCGGGGGUUCGCGGGGUUCUGCGCCCGGAUGCAGCCGGCGGUGUUGGCGUUUACGCUGGUCGUGCACGCGUUCGAGGCGUCGGUGCUGGCGUACACGCGGCUACGGAAGCAUGGGGUCGCGCUGGGGUCCGCGGUGUGGUGGGCGUGGGUGCUGUCGACGCUAGUCGAGGGGUUUCAGGGCUUCAAGCGGUUUGAUCGGUUGGUGCGCGAGGAGGAGGCGAAGAAGUAGGGCUGUUGAGUAUUUACAG